UUUGACAUAUGAAUUUUAACCUCAAAUAUUUGUAAAAAGCAAAGUUUAAAGUAGUCAUAGGUGAUAGCGAAAUUAUUAUUACUACAUUAUUACCUAUAUAGGUUCUUUAUUUUUAUUGUAAUGUCGCAUUUCAGUGGAGUCUUACAGUUAACAGACCUGGAUGAUUUCAUCACACCAUCCCAAGAAUGUAUCAAGCCAGUAAAAAUUGAUAGAAAGUUGAACACAGAUACAAAAAUCAAAAUAGAAGAAGGUCAAUAUUACCAAGAAACAGAUGGUGUUUUACAGAAACUGCAAAAAGUUGAAAUAACAUUAGCUGAUUGCUUAGCCUGUUCAGGUUGCAUAACAUCUGCUGAAAGUGUCCUCAUAACACAACAAAGUCAUGAAGAGCUAUCUAAAGUUUUUGAAAAAAACAAGCAAUUGAAAAUAGAUAACAAACAUGAGGAUUCUAAAUUUAUACUUGUUUCUAUUUCAAUCCAACCAAUACUUUCCUUGGCUGUGAGGUAUGGCAUUUCACCUAAUGAUUGCGCUUCAAAAUUGUCCACUUAUUUCAAAAAUAUGGGUGCUGAUAUGGUUGUGGACAUGUCAAUAGCUGAAGACUUUGCACUUUUGGAGAGUCAGCAUGAAUUCGUUGAAAGAUAUCGGGCUUCAGUUAAUGAUGGGAAAACAAAUGUCCUUCCUAUGUUAGCUUCUAGUUGUCCAGGAUGGGUUUGUUAUGCUGAAAAAACACAUGGUUCUUACAUUUUACCAUAUAUUGCAACAACCAAGUCCCCUCAGCAAAUAAUGGGAUCCUUUGUCAAAAACUGGCUGACUAAGAAGUUGGAUGAUCGUUCAAUCUACCACGUAACUGUGAUGCCUUGUUUCGAUAAAAAGCUUGAGGCCUCACGAGAAGAAUUCUCAAAUAAAACCACGGAAGCCAAAGAUGUUGAUUGUGUGAUAACAGCAAUUGAACUGGAACAAAUGUUGGAAAGGGAUAACAUUUCCCUGGAUUCCUUGGAAAAAUCAACAUUAUCUGAGCCCUGGAUGCCUACAGAAUCUUCUGAACGUCUGCCACAUUUGACUAAGCACAUUGGAUCGGGUUCUGGAGGAUAUUCUGACCACAUUUUCAAGUUUGCGGCUAAAGAACUGUUUGGGAUAGAAUGCGAUAAAAUAGAAUACAAGGAAUUAAGAAACCCUGAUUUUAAGGAAGUUACACUGGAACAAGACGGAAAAAUCCUUCUCAAAUUUGCAAUAGCUAAUGGUUUCAGAAACAUUCAGAACUUAGUACAAAAGCUGAAGAGAGGAAAAUCUCCUUAUCAUUAUGUCGAAGUUAUGGCUUGUCCUUCUGGCUGUUUGAACGGUGGAGCACAAAUCAGAUCACAAAAUGAAUUAACGCCAAAAGAACUCACUAAAAAAUUGGAGGACUUGUAUUUUUCACUUCCUUGUAAGGACCCAUCCGAAACAAAAAGUUUGAAUUAUUUGUAUGACAAUUGGCUUCAAGGCAAAGAUAGUGAGAAAUCUAUUAGUAUGUUGCACACCAAAUAUCGUGCCGUGGAAAAGUCUACAAAUGCUCUUACAAUAAAAUGGUGACGAAAAAAUUGUGAUAUAUAUGUUAAAUAAAUUUUAAUUUUAUUU